UCACCGAGAUGAGCAAGCAAUCUUUUUGUUUUGGUCAAAUUUUUUCCUGAUUUAUUCUGAAAAACAGUUAAAAGUCGUCUAAUUUCCUAAUUAAUAGAACAGAUAGUGAAUUUUUGCAGUAUCACAAUGGUUCUUGAAAGCACAAUGAUUUGUGUUGACAAUAGCGACUUCAUGAGGAACGGUGAUUUCAUCCCAACUCGGUUACAAGCUCAACAGGAUGCUAUUAAUGUCGUGUGCCAUUCAAAAACUAGGUCAAACCCUGAAAACAAUGUCGGUCUUUUGACUAUGGCCAAUGUCAAAGUAGUCUCGUCUCUUACCUCUGAUGUUGGAAGAAUUUUAUCUAAGUUACAUCAAAUCCAGCCUGAUGGUGAAAUCAACUUUUUAACUGGUAUCCGAGUAGCUCACCUUGCUCUGAAGCACAGACAAGGAAAGAAUCAUAAGAUGCGCAUAGUCGUCUUCAUUGGAAGUCCAGUCAAUCUUGAAUCUAAAGAAAUGACAAAAUUAGCUAAGAGGUUGAAGAAAGAAAAAGUCAAUGUUGAUAUCGUCAGUUUUGGUGAAGAGAUUUCUAAUAAUGAUGCCCUUUCUGGAUUUAUCAACAUUCUAAAUGGAAAGGAAGGAGGUGGAAGUCACCUAGUCACAGUGCCCCCACCACAUCUUUCAGAUGCUUUAAUUUCCUCACCAGUCAUUCUUGGUGAAGAUGGUGCUGGUCCAAGUGGUUUUGGUACAGGCGGCUAUGAAUUUGGAGUUGACCCGAACGAAGAUCCAGAAUUAGCAUUGGCAUUGCGAGUAUCAAUGGAAGAGCAACGUCAAAGACAGGAGCAAGAUGCGCGUAAAACAGAAACGCAGACAAGCACGGAAACAAAUAAAGAAGGAACCCAAAGUGAGUUAGAACGCGCUCUUGCUAUGUCCCUGGAUCCACCUUCUCCAGCUGCUGCAACCGCUGCCAAACCAGCGAACCCUGUGUCUCUUCAAUCUUUGGACUUCACCAACAUGUCUGAAGAUGAGCAAAUUGCUUUUGCUAUGCAAAUGUCAAUGCAAGAGUCGCAAGAACCUGCUGGUGAGUCCUCAUCAUCGACUACAGCUGCAAAGAAAGAGGAUGAGGAAAUGGAUUAUUCUGAAGUCAUGAGUGAUCCCAUGUUCCUACAAAGUGUCUUGGAAAAUCUCCCCGGAGUCGAUCCACAAAGUGAAGCCGUACGUCAAGCAGUUGACUCUCUCACAUCCGACAAGAAAGAGAAGAAGGACACGAAAGGUGGAGACAGUAAAAAAUCAGAUGAUGCUGAGAAAAAGUAAUUUAUAUUCUUGUUUCUUUUUACAUAAAAUAUUAGUUUGUAAUUUUUAAAUUAACCAAUUCUGCAUUCAUUCUUCAUAAACGUUGAAGGGCACGAUUAUGUCUUUGAAUUGUUCAUUGAAAUCUUUAUAUGGAAGUUUUUUCUGAUUUCAUCCUUGAAUUUUUUGUUCGCUUAUUUAAUACAUUUUCUAGAAACUUCCUUUAUUAAGUCAUCAAUUGAGUCCAGGGAGGACAGAAAAAUAGUAUUUUGUACCAAACCAAACUCUUUUUGAGGCAGGGGCUACCUGAAGUCCGCAGGAUUGCAUUGGAUAAAAUUUGGACAUUUCAGUCCCCCAUUCGGUCUUUUUUGUAUCUUUUGUAUUUACAUAAGAAUAAAAACUGUUCUAUGAA